UGUUGCAUUAGCCUUGCUACAAACACAAUACACUUACUGCUUUCUCUUCUCUUGUUCUCCCUUCACCCUUCACUGGAAAUUUACAGUGAGAGUUGUAGAAUCUUUAAAAAAGGAAAUCCAACAACAAACACAAAGCUAGAAAACCAUAGCCUUACCAAUAAAUGGCGUCCUCCAUUUCCUUUACUUCAACACCUCCUUCCGCUUCCCCUUUUUUCCACCCUAAAAACCCAUUUCCUUCAUUUCCAAUCUGCGUUCCCUGCCGAAACCCCAGCAAAAGCUCUGUGUCUGUGCUAUUCCCUCUCUGCUUUGCUGCAAAGUCCCAGACGGAUGGACCUGUCAAGAAACGAUCGUCCUCGGCAGCUGGGAAUAAGAAGAGGAGGAAGGGGAAAAGCGGGAAUGAUGAUGAUAAUUUGAAGGAGCUUAGUUUGAGGGAUGUUGAGAUUGUGGAAGAUGAUGAUGAUGUUGAUGAAGGGUCUUCUUCUACUAGUACGACUAGGCGUUCUUUAGCAUAUUAUCCUUCACCGCUGCCCAAACCGCCGGCUGGGUUUGUGGUCGAUGACACUGGCAGGCUUCUCAUGGCCUCAAACAAGAGAAUUGCCACCGUCGUUGAUUCUGUCAACAACAACUCAUUAGAGUGUGUCAUAAGGAGGGUAUUCCAAAGUUCCGGGGGGGAUGAAUGUAUGCUGCUCUGCCCAGUUGACACGCCUGUUCAGAUAUUAAAGAGCACAAAUAUGGAUGGAUGGUCCGCUGUCAGUGAUGAAGAAGUUGAAGCUAUUCUUCCUACAGCAGAAUAUGCUCUUGCCAAAAUACAUAUGCAUCUGGUCCAUAGUGGAUUCUGUUAUACAGCUCGUGGAGGAUUCUGCUACUCAGAAGACGACAUCUUCGAUUUCCGCACAGAUGACGGCCAAGAUAUAGAUGGGUUGCCAACUGAAGGCAUAGAGAUUACAUGCUUCCAUCUAGAUGGUGCUCAUUACAUGAUUUAUACACCAUCUGACCCACUUCUAUUCGUUGCUGUAAAGGAUCAGAAUGGACUUCUGCAAAUUGCUGAUGAUGAUCUCCUGGAGGACCCUGCUAUUAUGAGUGCCAUUGAUGAGGAAACUGAGUUCAAUGCCUUAGUGGAAGAAGAAGCUGCCCUUCUUGAAUCAUUGUUGGGUGAAAGAUGACCAGCUUACUCCCAUCAACUUUUCCCCUAAUACUUCCUCUCCACUUCUUUUCAAUAAAAACGCUAGUAAAAAAGGCUGUAGGUAAUUAUUUUUGCUCUAAAUUCCGAUAUUGUAAUUGCUUUAAUGAAGACAGAUGUUACACUUUGAUGGAAGGGUUAUAUUAAGUGAGGGAGGUGAUUGUAAUAAUUUGGAGAAUUGAAGUUAGCAACUGAAAUAGUGUUCAAAGAAAUUUGAAGAGGAUCCCCACUCAACUCUUCAAGCAC